CACACAUAGACACGCCCCUCCAACCUUUUUUCCCUCUUUUCUUCUUUUCUUUUUUUCUACCUAGAUACGAUAAGACCUUGUACCGAUUUCCUGUCGCCUGCCGGUUUCGCCUACUGGUACCUAUAACCACUCUUUUGUUUUGAAUUUAACAAUUUCGUCCCGAUUUGUCUAGAAUUUACAAUCUGCACAGCUUUCUGACCCUGUUACCGUGCCAUUACAUAUCCUCUCCCACGAGCCAUUCCGGUUCGCCGUUUACAACCCUUAAUUAGGUAGCGUCCUCCCAACUUUCUAAACAACGAAAGGAGGAAACGGGAAAAAACGUCAACGAAAGGAAAAAAAAAUCCAACGGAGAGCGUCGCCCUGCGCGUACCAUCCUAUUUGCGCAAAAGGCUUUCCCUGGAAUCUACCUCGGAGACCCUGAGGACGAUCAGGGCUAGCCACGGACAAUGAAUUUCAAUUCUAUGAGAGGAAAUGGCCCGUUUACCAUGUCUCCAACCUCUGUCUUUCCCGAAGCAGUACGCUCGCUCCCGUCACCAUCACCAUCAAUAGCCUUCAAAUCUUCGGCUUCCUCAGUAGGAAAUAUGGACGACCUGUCUACCCCUGCCCUUGGCAACCCCUCAAGGCCGUCGUUUACUUUGUCUCCGCCAGAGUCACUUGCUACCCUGGAGGAUGGAGACGUUUCUUCAACUGGGGAUUCAUUUUUGUCUAGUUUACGGGAGGGUAGCCCUAGCGGCACACCUGUUAUGCUGGAUAGACAUUCACCAAAAGGAAUGCACAGCCUGCCCAAGAUAACAUACUCGAGAAAGGUUUGUUCGAAAGGAAAUAAACGUUCUGCAAAAGAGGCGGAAAUUCUUGAUUAUGGAAAUGAUACUUCGUUGGAGUCGUCAAGAAAACGUAUACGGGUGGUUGGUUUGAAGAAUCUUGGAAACACUUGUUACAACAACGCUGUGAUCCAAGCGUUGAGCCAUACCUGUGCCCUCCGAGAAUAUUUCCUCCAACGAGUGCCGCCGGUUACCGAGGAAUCGGAUGCCAGCAUGAGUAGCAGCGAUUCAGCUGCUACCCUAAGUUUACACACAGCAAGGCCGAGAACUCGUAGGGCUGCAAGACUAGAGGAACAGGUUAUAGUUCCCCCCAAUAUCAAUCUUUGCGACGAGUUUUCUCGAUUGUUAAAGAUGAUGUGGAUUAAUCGCAUCCCGGCACAAGUUCGCACAGUACCCCGUGCACGCCGUUCCACCCUCCAUCUAUCGCCAGUUAUUUCGCCUCAUAAAUUUGCUAGUGCUGUGGCUACAGUAUUGCCCUCCUUCCAUGAGCGUCACGAACAGCAGGACGCCCAAGAGUUUCUUCGGUGCUCCCUUGAACGAAUGCAAGAUGAACUUGCGUCUGAGCAGAUUGAGGAGGAGGACACGAUUGUGCAAACUGUGUUUGGAGGUAUACUGUGGAACAAGAUAAUAUGUCACUCUUGCUCGGAAUACACUAUCAAGCCUGAUCCCUUUCUCGACCUCAGUCUGGUUAUUCCCGAACAGCUGUCACCCGUUACGAAGGGUGAUGUGCGCUCAAGUACCCUUGAGGAAUGCCUGAAUUUGUUUGCUACAACUGAGGAGCUUGAGGGUUCUCCCCCACCUGCAUCCGUUCCCGCCCCGACAAACGGCACCACCCGCUCCUGCUUGUCCUGUGGGUCCGAGGCAGCCUUCUCGAAGUCGAUUGCUUUCGGAGUAUUGCCUCAUGUUCUCUGUAUCCAUUUAAAACGAUUCCGCUGGAGAACCCACAAAAUACGAGGGGGCAAGCAGAAAGUAGACACUCAUGUUAGAUUCCCUCUAGCAGGCCUAGACAUGGGGGCCUGGUGCGAGCGGGAUGUCGAUAGCCCGAUUUUAUAUGAUCUUUACGCCGUAGUUGUUCACCAGGGGACGGGCGCCAACUUUGGACAUUAUGUCGCUUAUACGAAGCACCAAGAAGAAUGGUGGCUACUAGACGACGAUCGAAUCACCAAGGUUCCUUCAGAGUCUGUUGCAAAAUCAAAGGCAUACCUUCUUUUCUACAAACGCAGGGACGAUGAGAUAUCUUGCGCUAUUGCUGAUGACGAGUCGCAAGCUGAACCUACUGAUGAAUCCUGCAAUAAAACUCUCACCCAAUCACACCCUGAUCUCACAGGCCUGCCUCCAAACCACUCUAAGGAACCCAGGUCUCCUCUUGAAUCAUAGUCAUUUCCCCUUUCCAUGACUCGGCUCACACCCCUCUCACCUCUAGUCAAUACCUAGCAAGCGGGCGCUGUCUGCUCUAAUCUUUCGAUUACUCCUAGAAUUAUAUUGCUUACGGCAGAGGUUUCUCUUUGUUCUGAGUCGCGAAUCCUAUCCCACCCUUUUCCUUCUUUUUCUUCAUUUCAAAAAUCGAUGCAUAUAAACCCGUGUAUAUUAGGUGAUGGGGGCAUAACGGUCUAUGGUUCGGAGUACGGGAUGACUUUCACGAAAUCUUAUCUGCUUUUUUUUA